CCUUUAUAGCCCACUCUUCUCCUUUACUCCGUCACAAGAUCUCCUGUGAACAGCAGGGAACGAUGGAGACAUCUCAGCUGCUCCUUCUGCUCUGUGUGUGGGCGCUCAGCAGCCUGUCCCUGCAAUCAGAGGUGAUUGAACAGUGCCCAGAUAGGAUUGUGGGUAAUGAGAGGAGACGAACAUGCCCUAAAAAGUGCCAGGAAGACAAUGAUUGUGGCAACAAGCGCCAGUGUUUAUGUGAUGGGCCAUGCGGACUCAGCUGCGUGGCUCCAGGUCGGACAUGUCCAUGGCCUCUUCCCGCCGGUGAGCACUUCGAUGUGGCUCUCCUCUCUCCAUCUCCCUCUUUCUCUGCUCUUCUAGAAGUGCGCUGUCAUCCUGGUUACACCAUGGCCAAUGGCCUGGAUGUUACUAUCCGCCGGUGCCAAGGUGACCGACAGUGGAGUGAUGAUGAUCCUGUGUGUACAGGUAGAAAUGCUGAAACAGAGCCUGAAUCUAAACUGUCUUGCCCUUUGCCUGAUCAUGAGCUGCUGUUGAUUCAUGGCAGUGCUGCUGUAGGCUCCACCGUACAGUACCAGUGUGCUCCUGGAUCUGUGCUGGUUGGAAACAGUGAAAAUUUUUGUCACAAGGACCAGACGUGGCGUUACCCACACCCCAUCUGUCAACGUGUGUUUUGUCCUCCAGCACAGGAAGUCAAUCACGGCUACUUGGUGGCCGUGCAGAAAUCUGAAUAUAACGUGGGUGAUGCCGUCUAUUACCUUUGCAAAAAGACCUUCCUACUGGAUGGGCCUAAACAAGUUACUUGUCAGUUAGAUGGCACAUGGAGCGCAAUACCUUCCUGCCGAGCUCGCUGUCCAAUCCCUGCACAGCGCAGCAGAGUGAUAGUGGGCGGGGUUAAGAGCUGGCCCUAUGACUUGGCCAAUGGGAUGGUCACUCAUGGCGAGAAUGUAACAUUCUUUUGCAAGCAUCCACAAAAGUUUUGCAGUUUCACAGCUACAGAGACCUGCUUUGAUGGACUGCUCUCUGCACCCAGCUGCUACCUUGACCCCACCUGGUUGCAGUAUACACUCUACCCUCACCGGCUGGUAUCAGAGAUUAAUCCAUGUGAUCCUGCUGACGUGGACUCCACCUCUGAAUGAAGUUCCCUUUCUGGCCCCGAUUCUAACUAGAUGCCACUUCGCCACACAGGACUCACACUUCUUGUUAUCUGUUUCACCAAUUCUAAGAUGUAGAUAGUUUUACACAUUUUGCAUGCAGAGGAAUUUAAUAACCCUUAGCCGUUUCACUAUGCUGUGCUUCAUACAGGAGCAAAGGUCAGGAAAGGUCAGGUAAUCAGAAUGCUGUUUAGGGUUUAGGGAAUACAGUUCAUAGUUCACCCACAGGGAGAUAAACAGAACUUAUGGAACCAUUCAGAUCAUUUAGAUUAAAUAUGGAAUAUAUUCAGUUGAAAGAUAAAAGAAAAAUAAGCAUAUAGAUAUAGCACAUUCAUAAUUGAAUUUGUAUUUGUGAGUUUUUUUUUUUUUUUUUUUAAUUUAGCAGGUCAUUCACUUUAUUCUAUAUUUCUCGGACAAGGUUAGCUUAAACUGAAUGGUUGAAAUAUAAGUAUGUUGUAUAUUAGCUGCUGUGUUCUUGUUUUAUAAACAUUACAAUUGCUAAAUAUAUGUCAAGUGAGUGCCAAACUCACUUUUUCAAAACGUUUCUUACCUCUGUCUGUACAAGCACAAGGCUUAGCGCAACAGUUCAUUUCAUGACUAAAAUGCACUACAAUGUUGCAUGUUUUAACACCACAUACACUUUAUAAUAAAUUCUUAAAAAAAAAACACUGAGCAGUACUUCUCUUCUAAUAAAAUCAUGCAGAUAGAGGUCAAGGGCUUCAGUUAAUGUUCAAAUCAAACAUCAGAAUGGGGAAAUAGUGUGAUCUCUGUGACUUUAACCAUGGUAUGUUUGUUGGUAACUGGGCUGGUUUGAGUAUUUCAGAAACUGCUGAUCUGCUGGGAAUAUCACGAACAACAGUCUUUAGAGUUUACACAGAAUGGUGGGAAAAACAAAAAAGAUCCCGUGAGUGACAGUUCUGUGUGUGGAAACGCCUUGUUGAUAAGAGGUCAGAGGAAAAUGGCCAGAUUGGUUCAAGCUGCAAGGAAGAAUAUAGUAUAAUCUCGCCCAAAUUGGAGAGUUGAAGAUUAGAAAAAAAAAACACCUGGGCUUUUUCCAGUCUUCAACUGUCCAGUCUUCAACUGUCCAGUCACACAUGUUUUUUGUUUUUUUGCACCAUUCUCUCUAAACUCUAGACUGUCGUGUGUGAAGUUCCCAGGAGAUCAGCGGUUUCUGAAAUAUUCAAACCAGCCCAUCUGGCACCAGCAACCAUGCCAUGGUUAAAGCCACAGAGAUCAUGUUUCUUCUUCAUUCUGAUGUUUGAUUUGAACAUUAAUUGGCUGAGUGGAUAACUGCAUAAAUGAGCAGGGAUACAGGUGUUCCUAAUAAAGUGGAUGUUGAGUGUAUAUUGAUGACAUAAUAACUUUUUAUUCUUUAAUUUGCUUUGUAUGUUAAUGGAUGAUUUCCCCUUCCUUGGUAGUGUAAGCAAUUAUUUUUUUAAAAUUUUUGAUUACAAACAGAAUGACACAUCGUGCUGUACACAACAUACCAGCAGAUUCAAACAGUUAUAAAUCAAAUCAAAAAUGCUAAAAACAAAAACAAACAUUUUGUAGCAGAAAAAAGGAAUGUAAAUCACUGUGUGACUGCAUGACGAUAGUGAAGUGCCAUCUUGUCCCAUGCAAAUAUAUGCAUGUUUUUUUUAUCUGCGUUUUUUUUUUUUCAUCUUUAGCCACUCUGUAUCAUAUGUGCUGAUUCAGGAUUUGUGGAAUGAUAUUCCUGCACAUAUGGUGCUGCUGGUAGGUCUCUGACUUUCUGGCCCUUUUUAGGCUUUCGAUUUUAUUCAACACACUGUUUGUUACUUAACUGCUUUUAACUGUGAUCAACAUGACUAUCCAACUGCCUAUCCAUUUGGCUUUGAACUUAAAUGAACUUGAACUUGGAUGAACUUGAAAUGGCUUUUAUAACAAAGUAUUUAAACAUUUGCAAAUUAGGCUGUAGAGAUACACAAUUUUGCUGAUUGUAGAUAACAAGUGAAAGAUAUAUGCAAGAAUACUGAAGACUGUGUACACUAAAUAAAAUUUGUGUCAAAACAAUAAAGUUUUUCAGAGUUUUCAGUUUGGUCCACAUAGUGCAUUGUGGUGCUAACUGAAUGAAAAGUGAAACUGGUAAUGACUAAUACUUGAUAGCAACUGUAUUUUUUUUCUUAACAAACAGUUUGAAUAUUGCUUUGUUAAGAAAAACUAUGGACUAGGACUAACUGAAAAACUAGGACUAUUGUUUUAUUAUUGUGAUUUUUUCCCCUUUAAUUUUUUUCACAUACUUUACUUUGUUUAUCAGUCAGUAAAGCUAUAAGAAAUCUCGUAUGUUCUGUUUCUAAAAUUCAGUGGGAUUGCAAAACACCACGAGUGGAAAGAAAUAAAAGAGCAAGCCAGCUGGGACGAAGUUGACUUAUAUCUGGGGCAAGGAUGCAGUGUAUUGAGCAAAGUUUAUCAGAGGCCAAAUUGCACAUCAGCUGCUUUGGCUUGUUUGAGAAAUGUAUUUGUUUUGCCUGGAUUAUUUCACAAUAAAGCAGCAACAGGAAAGUUCUGAUUUGUAUUUGUUAUUAAUGAUUAUACCAUCAGCGCUGUUAAAUUCUCAAUUUUGAUUGGUCAGAAGAUGCUAAUAAAUUUUUAGCUUGGAUUAGUUUAUUUAACAUUUAUGGAAGGAGUCUUAGGUGUCAGUGCUUUGUAACGGUCAGUUAGUUUCUGCCAUGGG